GUUUUUUCUUUCUCCAAAAACAAAACCAAAGAGAACGCGUUUAAAAGGUUCCGACUAAUUUGAAAAUAUAAAAAAGAUCCGGCGAUGUCUGGUUCGACCCGGAAAGAAACGGAUCGGAUUAAAGGUCCAUGGAGUCCUGAAGAAGACGACCUAUUGCAGACGCUAGUGCAAAAGCACGGACCAAGGAACUGGUCUCUGAUAAGCAAAUCGAUCCCGGGACGUUCCGGCAAAUCCUGCCGCCUACGGUGGUGCAAUCAGCUUUCUCCGGAGGUCGAACACCGUGCUUUCUCGGCGGAGGAAGACGACACGAUCCUACGCGCGCACGCGCGGUUCGGCAACAAGUGGGCGACGAUCGCUCGGCUUCUCAACGGUCGCACCGAUAACGCGAUUAAGAAUCAUUGGAACUCGACGCUGAAGCGGAAAUGCAGCGGCGGAUGGACGUCCGACGAGGGGCAGAGCUGUGAUUUCGGUGGAAACGGAGGGUAUGAUGGUAAUUUAACGGAUGAGCAGCCGUUGAAACGGACGGCGAGCGGAGGAGGAGGAGCUGUGUCGACGGGGCUGUUUAUGAGUCCCGGAAGUCCAUCGGGAUCUGACGUCAGCGAGCAAUCUAGCGGGCCUAAUUUGCCGUCUUCUUCUCAUGUGUUUAAACCGACGGCGAGAGCCGGUGGAGUGGUGAUUGAAUCGACGGCGAAGGAUCCGGCGACUUCUCUGAGCUUGUCUCUUCCUUGGUCUCAGCAGAGAGAUACGGUGGAGCUGUUUCCGGUGAGGAAAGAAGAGGAGAAGGAGAGAGGGAUUUCGGGAUUUAGUGGGGAUUUCAUGACGGUGGUGCAGGAGAUGAUUAAGACGGAGGUGAGGAGUUACAUGGCGGAUUUACAGCGAGGGAGCGGCGGAGGAGGGAGCUCGUGUAUGGUGCAAGGAGCUAAUGGUCGUAAUGUAGGGUUUAGAGAGUUUAUUGGGAUAGGGAAGAUCGAGUAGUGAGUGAGAGAAUCAAAAUCGUUUUUUUUCCUCUGUUAUUUUCUCGGGAAAGUAAUGUUGAAAUGUACAGUGAAAAAAAAAGCACAAAGCUUAGUGCUUUAUGAGAGAAAAAUUGUGUAAACAAUGAAAGGAAUUGCAGAGAAAAAGCCAUUUUCAUCUUUUGAGAUUCAAACCCAUUUGAAUAAUUGAA